CUUCAGUCAGACAGGUUGUGAGGGGGAGAACUGUGGCUGGAGGACAGGAAGCAGGUGUUCAGAAAUAGCUCUUUCUGCCCAAGGCUCUGCGCAAGGCCCGUCCACGUGAAGGGAAGGAGGGUCAGGUUGGCCGGGGCUCUUUCGGGUCUUGCAGGCGCUUUCCCCACGUUCUCGCCCUCCGCGCUAGGCGGAAGGUGAGGGAUGGGCCUGGCAGCCUGGCUGCGCCUGGUCGGCAUGCUGUGGCAGGUAGCAGCUGCCGUGGAAGUGACGCCCUGGAGGAGAAUCCGCGUCUGCGGCCGCGACGGCGGCCGCCGGCAGGGAUUCACCGAGCAAAGGUCGCCUUGGCUUCCGGAGGCCAGAGGAGCCCCGGCCUUCUCCUGGGGGGCCGGCGGGGGACCUCGCCUCCAAGCGGAAGAUGGCGUUUGGUUAGGUCAGGAACCAUUGGGCCCCUCCCUUCCAUGGACAUCCUGCAAGUGUUGUGAAUUCAUUUGGCUUUCUGCUCAGGCUGCCUAGAAGAAGAACUGAAUCAGGAUCCCAAGUAAUGUAACUGAGGACUGCUUGGCAAGCAUCCCAAGAGUAAUGUUCUCUGCUGCAUCAGUCUGAUGGCAGGUGACUCUUAACUCUUGAAGGCUGUGCCCAGAUACUUCCAAGCUGGUCAGCUUCGAACGGGAGCCUGGUGGUCAUCUGUUGACCCAGGACCUCAAGUGAAACUUGAAGAGGCUCAGGAUAUAUUGUUCAGCAAUAACAACUCAAGGAGACAGUCCUGCUAAGGCAGAGGGGAGCUAUCCAGUUGGAAAAAUGGACACUUCUGAAGUUAAUUCAAGCCUAGCUAUCUAGUUAAACUCCAAGGGCCUGCUAAUGGAGCCAAAGGUCACACUGCUGAAGAUCACCAUAGGAAGACCACCUAACACACUGGGAAUCUUCCUUGAGGUCUUUUGAUAUCAUCAGUCAAUUGGACCAGCGGAGCAUGUGACCCACCAGAUACUCUUCACUUUCACCUGGGACGGGCCUAUCUCUUUCAAAUAGGCACUUCUGGGAUGACCUAGGUGUCUCUGAUUCUCCUUCAUAAUUCCUGAUUUAUGAUGUCUAAAGGAAGCUCUACAGUGUUUUGGAACUUGAUGCAACCAGCACAAAGUCAUCCACAAAUAAGAGCAUGUGGAAAACCCUGUUAUCUAUAUGUAAUCCUUUGUAAACUUGGACUGUGUGUUGGACCUCCUUCAUGACAUUGGCCAACAAAUUCGAUCUAUUGGAGAAGGUGCUCUAGUUUUUUGGAGGUUAAUGAAGUCAGUACAAGGUCAUCUAUAAAGAGGAGUACCUGAAGAAGCUCACCUUAGCCAGAAUCCUACCUCUCUUUGAAUUUUGUGGAGGAUGUUCCACACGAUAGAGAAUUUUGCAAGAAUUGGUGAUUGAGAGAAGAGACUCGAAUCAGGAGGCUGUUGCAGUAGUCCAGCGCCAAUACGUCUGCGGAGUAACCGUGCUUGGCCGAUUCUCCUCCGAGGUGCCUGAGAAGAGCCGGUGGGCCGUCUUGGUGAGGUGAAGAGAAGAGUUCCGACCACCCUGCCAUUCCCAGAUUUUCUCCUUAACCGUCUUGUUAGGUUAAGCCAACCAGGCCUGCAGAACCAUGAAGCUGACUGACCUGGUUAUGCAGAGCUUCCGCAUAGCCAAGGUGUUCCAAGAUAAUGCAGACAAAAUCGACAGUUUUGACUUUAGUCACAGUGGUGAGACAGUUAUCUCAAGCAACAAUAAUGACACCAUCACUGUGUACGACUGUCAGGAGGGCAAACCAAAGAGAAUGCUGUACAGUAAGAAAUAUGGUGUAGACCUAAUCAGAUACACUCGGUCAGGAAGCACUGUAGUAUACAGCUGUAACAAAAUAGAUAAUACAAUUAGAUAUCUGUCCUUGCCUGAAAACAAAUUCAUUAGAUACUUCCCUGGGCACAGCAAGCGUGUGGUAAGCUUGUCCGUGUCACCAGUAGAUGAUACCUUUAUCUCUGGGUCUGUGGAUAAGACCAUCCGACUCUGGGAUCUCCGCUCCCCUAAUUGUCAGGGCUUAAUGCAUCUCCAUGAAAAGCCAGUUUGUUCUUUUGACCCAGAAGGGCUAAUUUUUGCAGCUGGGAUCAAUUCUGAAGUGGUUAAACUUUAUGAUAUUCGCUCUUUUGAUAAGGGGCCAUUUUCAACCUUCAGAAUGCAAACUGAAAAGACCUGUGACUGGACAGACUUAAAAUUUAGCAAGGAUGGCAAAUUCAUCCUCUUAUCUACCAAUGGCAACUUCACCUACUUGAUGGAUGCCUUUAACGGACUAGUGACACAUUUAUUUUCAGGGUAUAAGAACAGCCAGGGUCUCGCAUUGGAGGCUUGCUUCACUCCAGAUUCUCAGUUUGUUAUGACUGGCUCUGAAGAUGGUAAGAUCCAUGUCUGGAAUUUAGAUACUGGAGUUAAGGUGGCUGUGUUGUAUGGGAAAUAUACCACUCCUAUAACCUAUGUACAAUUCAAUCCAAAAUUGAUGACCUUCGCCAGUGCAUGUUGUAACAUGGCAUUAGCAUUAUGGCUGCCUAUUGCUGAUGACUAAUCUCUCCACUGAUCAACAGCGUCUACACAUUGAAGGGCAGGCAGUAUGAGGAUGAAGGGACUGAGUAUUGAUUUUUUCUUUUUCUUUUUUUUUUUUUUUGU